CACGCUAAGUGUGUCGAGAUCUUCUUGGCUAGCAACGUAGAGAUCGAGCCUUGCAAGGAAGCAAUGCUGAUGGAUUAGAGCCAUUGCAUAUCACUUGCCGUGAAGGACAUACUCGCUUAGCCAAGACAUUAACAACAAGAGGAGCACGUUUAAAUCAAGAAGACAAGUAUAUGUGCUGGACACCUUUGUUUUAUGCCGCAAGCGAAGGGCAUACUGAAUGUGUCAGAGUCCUUCUAGAGGCGGGUUGCCGUGUUAAUGUGGUGGAUGAACACGGAGAAACUCCUAUUUACUAUGCAGCAAGUGAGGGCCAUGCAGACUGCGUUGAUCUUUUGGUUCAGGCUGGAGGAAGAGCAGAAGGAAUAAAACCACCUGAAUCAGCCUCAGACAUUGUUAUGGAGGCUGCUUCAUCAAUACCCAAUAGCAUUAUGAGUGCUCCUGCAAUAGCUAUAACCGACUUGGAAAUGGCAGUGGAUCCUGAAGGCCUGACCACCAUAAAUGAUCUUGACAUGGAAUUGAUCCCAUCACUUGCACUUCCACCUCCCAUCAUUCCUUUCAGGAUCUAUGGACAUAACUACCUAGACAAAAAACACCAAGUCAAUCUUACGCUUGGGCAUUUCCCUCAAGAUCAACCUGGAACCCCUUUCGGCCCUGUUCGUCUCUACGGAGCUGCUCAAAUGUCCUCAUUCAAGCUUGUCAUCUCAUCUCGACCUGAUAAUGGCAUGAUUCCGCAUAAUGUAAUCUUGCCCUUGGGAGAGAGCAGGAGGAUAUGCGGCUUCCAGGUUGAUUCGCUUGACCAUUUCACUGUGGAGUUUGACAUAUUCCCCACAUUCGGGUCCAAGCCCAUUGGUCGUGCCGUUGCUUUGCCUAGCACGUUUUCCUCAGAAUCGUCCUCAGUCGGCAAAGAUAUUAUACCCUUAUUUGAUGCACACUUAAAGGUUGUUGGUGAGCUUGCAUUUGAGUAUACAGUCAUUCGACCUUUCCAAGGCGUCCAACUUGAAGUGGGAGGCAGGCUAGAGACAUACUGGAAGUCGACCAAUAGCAUCGAUUCUGUUGUUUCAACGGCUGCAUCAAGUGCCCUUGAUGCACCCUCAUUAACGCCGCUGAGCACAUCUACUUAUCGUGGGAUUUUACCUCAUCCAUCACAACAGACAUCACUAUCAGGAAGCAUAGUACCAUCAUAUAUCACAGCUUCAUCGCUAUCGGGAGAGUACAUUCAGCUCUCGGUCCAAAUGACUCGUGAUUUUGUGCCAGUUGUAUUUUCUAGCUGGAGAUUGCCUGUGGAGGUGUUUGAUGUGGCCUUGUCAGAUGUAUCGUUCAGUCAGCUUCAAAAGUUCAAGGAAUCACUCAAAGAUUACAAUGAUGCUGAAGAAAUGGAGAGUAUUAAUAGUACCCGGAAAAGUAGCCAGUGGAGACGCAUAAUAUACGACCGAUGGAUGAGCUUAGAACAGGCACUCAAGAUUUUGCCCAAACGCAUUGGAAUCAAUCUGGAAUUCAAAUACCCAACGUCCUCUGAGAAGCGAUACUAUAGACUGACAAAUACUGCAGAACUUAACAAAUUUGUGGACACAAUCUUACAAACAGUUUAUGACUCAUCUUCAAUAAUACGACAUCGCAGCUUUAUGUUUUCGUCAUUUAAUCCUAUCAUAUGCUCGACCCUCAACUGGAAACAACCAAAUUAUGCCGUGUUUUUCAGUACGUAUGGUGGGUACAAUCAACGACGCUCUCCCCUGAUCACAGAUAGCACAGACGCCACUCAGCGUAACUUGAAGCGCAAGGAGCCUACCGACCCUGAGCCUCUUCCGUCACCAAAGCAUGGUUCAGCUGCGGCAAUAUUUUCUAGCAUGGAUGAUGGGCACAUGGGUGUAAUUUCCAGUGCAUCAUCUGACACUGUCGUCUCCGCAUCGACAAGUGUUUCCAACUCGCCUUGGCUCUCUAAUGUUGUCGAAGGCAGCAUAGGGGCUCUCGAGAAAACAGGAGGCUCAAGCACAUUUGUGGAAACUGAUAGACGAUGCACGUCGAUUAAGGAGGCUAUAAAAUUCGCGAGAAGCAAUAACCUUUUGGGCGUGAUCUGUGAAGCAACUCCACUGAUCCAAGUUCCAAGUCUGAUCACCCAUAUCAAGAAAUCCGGAUUAAUUUUAGCAAGCUUUGGCAUGAGUAAUCGGAACCCAGUGCUAGUACAGGCCCAAAAGGGCCAUGGCGUGGAUGCAUUCAUGGUCAUUGGUAUUUAUAUGGAUGAUUUAUAUCAACGACAGCAUGUCUCACCACAUGGACGAGGAAAGACUGGAUUAGGCUUAGAUAUAGCGACCGGAUCAGUAUCAGGGACUUUGAGGUCACCAAGGUCUGGAGCGGUCAGUAGAUUACAACUGAACGAGCUUGAAGAGGGUGUUUUGAGAUAUCAAAAUGAUAUCGGACCCGGUUCCUUGGGUAUCUAAGUUUGUUACCCAGAAUGGCAUUGGCAGUUCCUCGAGUGAUAAUGGAUGAUAGAAAUGAGAUAGGUGCGUUGGCUGUAGUUGAUAUUACUUGGCAUUG